AUGUACCAUGAAAGAACCAUACUGGGGAGAAGCCAUACAAAUGUCAAUACUGCGAGAAAAAAUUUUCCUGGAAAGACAAUUGUACAAGACAUGAAAUGCUUCAUACUCAAAGUCCGGUUUAUGAGAACACACUGGGAAUCUCCAGACAUGACAAUAAUCUGUCAACCUAUCUACCAGUUCAGCCAGUUGAAGAUAAAUCAAGAAAUUUACAAACUGUAACAACCAACAGGAAAGCUAGACCAGUGGAACAUUUUAAUCAUGCCACAACACUGAGUAUUUCAAAAGAAAGUAUUUCUAAAGAUUUGCUGCUUGAAAAUGAAGGUGAAAUUUUCAAGGUUGGCCAUAUGAAUUGUGAGGCUCUUUCUGAUCAAAGCAGAGAGCCACUACAAAAUAACUUUGCAAUGGCCCAAACUACGACCACCAUUGCCAAUGGUAAUCCAGUGCAACAUAAUUUGGAAAAUGUUGACACCUUGGGCAACAGUGUGAAAGUUGAGCCUGUUGAUCAUUUUGAACAUACUGAAAAUUUGAGACUGCCAAAAGAAUAUGCCUGUGAAGAAGCUAUUUUAGAAAAUGGAGCUGGAACUCUGGCUGAUAUUUGCUUGAGUUACCAGAUGCCUUCCUACCAAAUCUGUGGAGGAAAUAACACCCAACAGGACAUGGUGAAAUGUCAGAGCUGUGGUCAGAUAUAUCUCCAUGAUGGCAGUGAUGUAUCUGGUGCAGGGACACAUACUGGAGAGAAAUCAUAUAAAUGCCAAUAUUGUAAAGCGAAACUGGCUUUCCUAGACAAAGAUACAAAGGCACUGUCAGAAGAAAUAGAUAGUGGAGCAGAUGAAGCUACUUUCGACAAUUCAAGGACAAACACACAACUACACCGUGACAAAAACAUUUCUUCAAGUAUUAUUUGUUCAUCUCACAAAUCACCUGACACUGACAGAAAGUCACACAAAUGCAGGUUCUGUGACAAAAGUUUUACUCUGAAAAGUAACUGCGUAAAACAUGAAAGAAUACACACAGGUGAAAAAAGAUUCAAGUGCCGAUAUUGUGAGAAGCCGUUUGUUGAAAAACGCUCUUGUGUCACUCAUGAAAUGACUCACACUGGUGAGAAACCAUACAAAUGUCAGUUCUGUGACAAAGCCUUUACCCUCAAAAGCAACUGUGUCCAGCAUGAAAAGACACACACUGGAGAGAAACCAUUCAAGUGCCAGUACUGUGAGAAGACAUACACAGCCAAAUAUUCCUGCUCGAUCCAUGAAAGAACUCAUACGGGAACAAGACCAUUUAAAUGCCAAUACUGUGAAAAGUCCUUUUCUCAGAAGGCUAUCUGCGUAAAGCAUGAAAAGAUUCACACUGGAGAAAAACCAUACAAGUGCCAGUUCUGUGAGAAACAGUUUGCAUUGAAGAACCUGUGUACACGUCAUGAAAUAAUUCAUACUGAAAGGGAAACUUACAAAUGCCAAUUUUGUGACAAAAAAUUUUUGGAAAAAAGUUAUUGUAUACGUCAUGAAGACAUUGUUCAUAAAGGUUCUUACACAGAAGAGAGACCAUACAAAUGUCAGUUCUGUGAUCUUGCUUUUGUUCGCAAAAAUAACUGCAUGGUUCAUGAAAGGAUUCACACUGGUGAAAAGCCAUUCAAGUGCCAGUAUUGUGACAAAGCUUUUGCCAUAAAGGGAACUUGUGUAGACCAUGAAAGAACUCACACUGGUGAAAAACCAUUCAAAUGCCAGCACUGUGGAAAAGCAUUCGCUGUCAAACAAAAGUGCAAGAAGCAUGAAAGAAAUUGUCAUCAUUGUGCUCACCCCCAAAUUUUAUCAAUUUAGUCAUUUCCAUCCCCAGUGCAAUAAGAAAUAUUUAUCACAAAAGUGAAGUGAAAUAACAUGAAUGCUUUUCAACUUCUGAUGUCAUCUGCUUUAUGCUUUUUUUGCUGAAAGUGCAAUCUUAUUAUAUUUUAUUCAUUUCAAGUACUGAUAAUUUUGAUAAAGAUUUU